AUGCUAUACUCACUAUAUAUCGCCACGUGCGUCUUCCUCAUCGGCUUCAGUACCGCAAAACAACUUCCACUUUCAAAACCAGGCCAAGCAGUCAAACCCGUCAAAAACACACCAUGGAUCCACGUGUUUUACACACCAGUUUUACAACCUAAAGGCUCAUCCUCCUGUCUCGACGCCUCUGGCAAAAUUAUCCUGACAAAGACAUUCGCUUCACCAUGUUCGUCGUUCUCCUCAGCGGAUUCGCCGGAUGGCAAAGCAAGUCAUAUUUGGAAUGAGAAAUUAGAACCAUGUGGCUUUGAGGAUAAAGUGUUCAAGUGUGGUAAAGGAGUGGAGAAUGCGAAUUUCACUUACGAAGGAGAUUACUAUGUCCCAAUUCUGCUUGUCGAUCGUAGUAAAGGACCUUAUGAUCAAAAUCUUAGGUCGAAGCAGAAUUUCACUACCAUUGCAAAUUGGAGGCCUGAUCCGAUUGUUCUUGGGGAUGAAGGAGAUUAUGUCGCUUUGUGGUGGGGAAAUUAUUAG